AUGACGGCCAUCCCCGGCCAUCGCAAAAUCCGCGUGAGGUUUGAUGGACGCGCGUUCGACAUCGAGAUCCAAGACACGGCCACCAUCAGAGGUCUCAAGCAAAGCAUCGAAACCGAAACGAGCAUCCCCGUGCCGAGACAGGUUCUCGCGGUCCUCGGGCCCGGCGCCGUCACCUUCCACAAUGACAUGCUCGUCAAGGACGUCGUGAAGCCCCAAAGCACCAUCAUGCUGCAGGACUCCGACCUGGGCAACAACCAGGGCUUCCACCUGGGCCACCAGUACGGAGGCACCUUCUCCCUCGGCACCUUUGUCCACCAGGGCGACACCGUCGACCAGGGAUUCUGGGGCCAGUCGCCCAGUAACCGCGGCCUCCACGACUUCAGCGACGUCUUCUCUACCAACGGCAUCCUCCAACGAGGGGACCACUACCUCGUGCAGGCACCCGGGCCUAGCCUACCACAGCAGCCCGAUCACCAAGGCGAGCGCCACCCUGAAAGCGCAGCUGACGGUAGUCAGAGCGCCUCGCGGCGAGGGCAUACGUACGGGACUGCGAGGACCGAGGAUGCCGACCACACCCAGGGCGACGAGAUCAAUUCGGGCUGGAACGGCCCGUCGCCUGCGAGUGCAAGCCAUCGGUUUGGUGAGACCAGGUUGAACGGAGGUGGGCUACACCAGGGGAACAAGUUUGGGAAGCCUGUCUGA